AUGUCUUCUUCUGGAAAGCAGCUUGACUCAUGUCAGCUUCUGGCUGAGCUGAACUUCUUUCAGUUCCUCAAAGAGACAGAGCUCCGUACCCCUCCACCUAGGCUGCUUCCUCUGUCAGAGGCUCUGAUCGGGCUGGGGGGGAGAGAGGGCGAUAGGGAGCGGGCGAGAGUGGGCAAGCGGGACGCCGGGCUUGAGUGCGAACUGCGGGAGCCGGGAGCGCGGGAGGAAGCCCAGCCGGAGAGCGGCGGCCGGGGCCGACACAGUGCCAGGGGGCCCGGGGCGCACGGGCCCGGCGACCCCCCAGCCCCCUCCCGCCCGCACACACCCCCACCGCGGCCCGGAGCCCGGCCGGCGUCGACGCCUAGGGGGGACCAUUACAUAAGCCCGCGCCCCGCGGCGCCGUCGCCCGCCGCUGAGGGCGGCCCCGAGCCGAGCCCCGGGGGGGCGGGCGCUCCGGGCACCCGGCCGUCGGGGUGGGGGUCCGCAGCGGCGGCCGCAGUGGUUUCUCCUCCCCGGGUGAAGAGGGCGGCGGCGGCGGCGGCGGCGAGCGCGGCGCGCGGGGAGGCCCGCCUUGCACGGCCGCCCGAGCGGGGCCUCCUCGGUGGGCUCGGCGUCAGCGCGGGGCGGGCGGCCCGGCCCGGCCCGGCCCCCCUCGGCCCUCGGAGGCGGCGAGCUCCGCGCCCCGGUGUGCCCCAGCUCCGCGUCCCCGCCGGCCGGCCGCCGCGCGAUGAGGAGGACAGCGCCGAGGAGGAAGAAGCUGAUGGCGGCGGCGGAGCUCCGGCAGACCUCGGCUGGGCAGGGGCCGGCCGCGGCGGGCUGGGGACUGCGCCUCUAGAGCCGCGAGUUCCCGGGGAUUCUCCGCAGCGGACGCGCUCGCGGUCGGUGCUGCCGAGCCCUCUGCUCCGGGCCUGGCCAGGGCCCGUCCCCUCGCCUUUUGCCCCUACCUUUUCUACCGAGAUCGCAUCCCUCUCUCGGCCACCGCCGCCCGGCGAAGAGAAAAAGGAACUUCCCCCACCCCUGUCUGUGUCGACGGAGACCCCUUAA